AUGGGGACAUCUGGAACUGAUGCAGUCGAAUUCUCAGGGGAAGAGGAGGAAGAAGAGGAGGAAUACUAUGAAUUUGAGCAUCUACCUGCACUCCUUGAAGAUGAGGAGAACGUGUCCCUGGCAGAUAUCCUGUCGUUGCGGGACACCUGUCUGACGGAGCAGGAGGUGUGGGCGGUGUGUGUGGAGUGUGUCCUGGCCUUGCAGAGUAUCGCCCCAUCGCCCCUCUUCCACACCCUGUGCAUCACACCCGACACCCUGGCGUUCAACGCCCAUGGCAAUGUGUGCUUUAUGGAGCAACUCAGUGAUGAUCCUGAGGGAUCGUUUAUACCUCCAGAGUUUGACAAGACUGGCAGUACCUUUGAGGGACACAUGUACUCGCUAGGUUCCACCCUCUCUGCUGCGCUGGACUUUGUCAUUGAGCCAGAACUGGAGGCAGAGCUGGGGGAGGAGAUUCAGAGACUGCUGGAGCAGAUGCAGGAGGAGGGGCCGGAGGACAGGCCACACCCCCAGGACGUCCUAUCCCUUGCAGAGGAAAAGCUAGAGCAUACCUCUUCCACAGUCCUGUGCCGGAAACUCUCUUCUAUAGGAAGAAGAGUCCUGUCAAUCGAGUCCGUUGCAACAUUUCAAGAUGGGUGGGAUGGCUCUUGGGAGGCUCGAUGGCAGCAGCCCAAACCCAACUGGCAGCUCCACAAGAGCAUCAGCUCUGAGGACAGUAGCUUCAAAGACCAGUGCAUUGUCUCAGACACCACGGCUGAGAAUCCAGACCCAAACGAUCCCAAUGUAACUCUCCGGCAUCACGUAUGUGGGGCCUGGGACUCCACCCUGUGGGCUGAUGGUAUGGGGGAUGUGGAAGAGGAUGGAUGUGUCAUAGAGGAGGACAUGUUUGGUUCGCAGUUGGAUAGCAGAUCUCAGAACAGUUCCCCUGUACGCAGGAGGGCUCAGGAGAGGGCUGGGAGGGUAAGGGGGGUUCUGAAUCGUUCCUGCUCUGUCCCAGACUCCAAUAAUCCCCCCACACUCCCGCCAACGCCCCACGAGGAUAUCAGUGUCAAUGUAUCGGACCUCACGGAGAUAGGAGCUGAGGAAUGCAUGGGGCACGGGUCUGUUUGGAGCAAGAGAGGGGAUAGAGAGACAGCCCCUUAUGAGUGCAGUGACUCUAAGCAAUGGGGAUCAUGGAUCUCUCUGAGGGAUCUACUCACACGGAGUGAGCAGAGAUUGUCUGUGAAUGAGCUAUGGGCCCUGUGUCAUACCUGCCUCUCCACACUGCAGACGUACAUAGACUACCCAGGAUCCUGUGAUGCAUUUUAUCUGGCCCCUGAAUUCCAGGAGCAUGGAAUCGUAACUGAAAAGGCCUGUGUCUAUGGGGUGGCUGCCAUCCUAUGGGCCACUGCCAAGUUCAAUCUGUCAGCCAACCAAAAACUGGCUAUGCCCAGGAAGUUGAAGAGGCUGCUGCUGGAGAUGGCCAAGAAGACGCCCUUCGAGAGACCAUCCAUUGUCAUAGCGAAAAAGCCACUCACAAAGGACAUUGAUGCAGAGGAUCAGAAUGGAUUGGACAGUAGAGGAAGCUCAAGGUUUGUGCCCAUGGCUACUGAGAGCCGAUUGGCUCCUGUUCCUGGCCCUGUUCCCCAUUGCUAUCCAAUCAGUGGAGCCCCCCAGCUUCCAGAGGCCUUCACCUCCCCUGCCACACACUUCACCCCCAUCGUCCUGACCAGGGAGGGGGACACUGAGGAAGAAACUCCCCUGUCUGCUUCAGACAUUGAGGGGACUAGAGGCAGUGAGAUCCAGCCUGUGCAAGAGGCCAAGCACCCAGAAACACCCUUACACAUUGAAGACCUACCCCUACCUCAGUCAGAUAGAGACCUACAGGACAACGGACAGGACAGCCCUGUCAAUCAAAAGAAUGUGGUCACAUGUCACUCCUCCUCCACUGCCUCCAGCAGCAGGACAUUGGUCAACUCUCCACCUCCCACCUCCCCCGAACUGACCACCCAAUUGUCUGUGUCUUCCUCUUGCCAAUUGUCAUCCUGCUCUCAUCUGACUGGUGGUGGUGUUUUCAACAACUUCCUCUUGCGACAUGACCCACUAACAGGGGACCUAACCCUGGUGCCGGUGCAGAUAACAGUCGCUGAGUCCCUCCAUGGACUGGAGCUCAAUCUGCCCCUGACCUCAAGCUCCAGCUUCUUCCAGGGUCAACCUACACAUCCAGGGGGCCAUAGAGACCAUCUGACCCCUGGUCAGGGAGCUGAAACCCUGCUGUCUUGCCUUAAUGGAAGCGCUUGCAGCAGAGCCUUGGACUCCUUAGUGUCAAUGUCCCAGCCCCAUAAUGGAGAGGAAGGUCCAAGGACAGGAGAACGUGAGGAUGAACCCCUAUCAGAGUCCCAUGGACCUCCUCAGGGAGACUCCCAUCUGAAUCACCCUUCCCUACAGGAAGUUAUUGGCCUGCUCAGGGCAGAGUUUGCCUUUGAUGGCUAUCUGGAGAAUGGUUUGGAGGAUCUAACAAUGGGGGAGUAUAUCCUGUCUCUGAAGGACCUACAGUACCAGACGUUCUGCAAUGUUGUGAAAGAGAAGUUCUGUGACCUUUACUGGGAUGAGGACUUAUUGGGAGUGCUACACUGUGUGGUCAACUACAGCCAAUUCUCUCUAGGCUCUAACGAAGAGUCACCAUCAAAGCCUUGGCAAAGGGCAUCCACCUCACCCCUGAGCGCUGCUGGCUGUAGAGGGGAGGAGAGGGACGCACCCCGGCAUGGUCAUGUCGACCUGAAUGGCAACCUGCACCACAGUGGACCUGUAGCUUCAGAUGCAUGGGAGAAAUUUCAGAGAGACCAGAGGCCCCUGUCUACAUACAGAGUAACAAAGACUAGACCUGAACAUAGAGAUGCCGUAUCAGAGGAAGGUCAACAUAAUGGCUGCCCAGGAUUGAGAGCUGCUGAGUGUUUGGGUAAGGGGGCCAUGGAGAGUGCCGCGCAUCCAGUGGGGGUCAGUGAUGAAAGCCCCCCUGAAGCUGACUCUCUGUGUGGGAUGGACGAGCCACUGAGGGUGGGCCACCUAGGCCAGAUGAGCUGCUCCAAGGACAUGGAGGACACAGAAUCGCUGGUGUUUGAGCGUCUCCUCUCCCCCUGCUCUGGAGCAGAGGUGUCUAGCCACAGCCUCAGCCCAGCCUGGGGCCUGGCCUUCUAUGGAGAAGACUGUUUUAGUCAUGACGUGGUGGAAUAUGCUAUAACCCUGGGGCAGCACAGUGAGUCACCGUGCCUGGAGCUGAAAACACAGGAGCUUCAACAGCAGCGCAUGAUCGAGAUGAAGAAUCUGAAAAAGACCCGGAAUUUCUACCAAAAGCUGCUCCACCAAGAGAGAAGAAAUAAAGGUUCGGAGGCUAGAUUGAUGCUGUCCAAACUCAAGGUCCAGCUUGAGGAGUUGAGGUCCAAAGUGGAGUUCCUAGACUGUGUAAAGAAAUAUCUUGAGGUUCUGAGUGUGGAUCAGUGGGGUAUGGAUAUGUCCCUCCUCCCCUCCCUGGCAGCAUCUGGUCCAGGCAGCCCUCUGGAUCUCCAGCCCUCAGAGGAGCCUGCCGUGCUGGGAUUGGUGUCUUUAUCUGGGGCAGAGAGAGGGAAGAGCAGCCUGCAGGCCGCCACACCCCUGGGUCUCAUGUCGUACCUCUAUGCCAGAAAUGCUCCAUUGGAGGGCUACAUCCAACAGUUCCUGUACACAUACCGCUAUUUCUGCACCCCUCAAGAACUCCUUCAGUUCCUGAUGGAAAAAUUCACCAGUGCUGUAGCAGCAGGAGGUGGUCCAAAUGUGUCAGGGGACCGUGCUAAGGUGUACCAUCGGAGUCUGGAUGUGCUGCAAACCUGGCUGACUGACUGCAGAUUGGUGGACUUCAGCCCCAAGUCCAUCCUGCUGAUCACACUGGAAAACUUCCUCACCAAUGAAAGUUUCCAGUGGAGAAUAUCCAGGGUGGUGGAGCCCCAGGCGACCCAGACCAAAGACCAGGCCUACUCAUUAGCAGCAGCCCUGCCGCGGCCCUGCUACACCUCCCUUAUGGAUGACAUCUCCAGUGCCUGCCUCAGAAGCGAGGAAAGACACCCUUUUAGUCAGAGUGAACACAGCGCCCAACACACGGCACAGCAACUCACUCUACUGCAGCAGGAAAUGUUUCAAGGCUGUCACCCCAAUAAUUUCCUCAACUCUAGAGCUCAAGGAGUCGGGGACAAAGCUUUUGGUGUCACCAAACAUGUGUUACACUCUAUACCUCCAGUAGAGGGCAGCAGUUUAUUUGUUAAUGAGGAGAUGCCACAGGACAGCCACCUCCAACAGCUACUGAGAUAUGCUGACAGCGUCUCCAACUGGGUCUCUGCUGAAAUUGUCAUCUGUGAUUCGAUAAAGAUCCAAGCGGCUUUGCUCACCAAGUUUCUGUUAAUUGCCAAACACUGCUAUGAAUCGAGAGACUUCGCCACAGCCAUGCAGGUCCUUGGAGGUCUGGAGAAUGUUUUUGUCAGGCAAUUACCCGCUUGGAAACAUCUGUCUACCAAGGUGUGUGAGGUCCUAGAGGAGCUGCGAGCUGUGCAGGUCUUUCUGAAGAGUGAUAACCUGUGUCUGAUGGGAGGGGAUCAUGUGAGGAGGAGACCCACCCUCCCUGCUGCCCACAUCCUGGCCAUGCACAUCCAGCAGCUGGAGAUAGGAGCCUUCACUCUGACCAGCGGUGCCUAUAAGUGGCCAAAACUUAGGACCAUAGCGAAGGUGGUGAGUCAGGUGCAUGCGUUCCAGGAGACAGUGUACUCCUUCACUCCUGACCUGGAGCUGCAGGCCUACCUAAGACUACGCAUCGCCCACCUCAGCGGCUGUGACAUCCCCCUGCUGGCUGCAGACAACGAGGCCAACUUCCACCACACCCCCACUGAACGACACACCCGCAGGAUCCAGGACACACUAAAGAGGGUGAAGGCCACCUUCCAAUGA